CGUGAGCGCGUCCACUGUCUGUAGAUGGAUCAACCGGUGGAGGCAAGAAGGCAACGUGUACAAUCACAAGCCGCUGAAAACCUGCCCGUUCAAUUCCUUCAUGCAGACAGAGCUGAGGAAUGCUGGUACACUUGUGGUUAGAAACAGAUAAACCAUGUCUCUCUCUCUCUCUCUCUCUCUCUCUCUCUCUCUCUCUCUCUCUCUCUCUCUCUCUCUCUCUCUCUUUUUCUUUCUACAACCAAAGUCGUCAUUGUAUCACUAUGUGGUUGUAAUGAUGACAAUGUUGGCAACAACAAUUAUAAAAGGUUACCUUUUUCACUUUUGCGAUUGUUUUUCCAACCGCAUCUGGCACCUAUAGUAAACCAUGAAGUGGAUCUUUUGUUCCCUAGACUGGAGUCCCAUCAUACAUCAGGAGUUAAUCUUAGUCCCCAUAAGCAUCAAAGCUAAGGCGAAAUAUUACGAUUUGUUUUAAGGUUGAAUAAUCUAUUUUCAAUAAAAGGUACAGGUUGAAUCAGUUCCGGUGUGAGUUGCAGCGGCUGGCAUGAAGUCACUGGUGGUGGUGGUGGUGGUCCUGACGGCCAGCUGUGUGUUGGUGGCUGCGCCGCGCUCCCUCCUCCCAGGCCACACGAAGGAUACGUCAGUGGUGGCGGCGACGUCAAUCCUGAGGACACACUCCCAGUGUCGCCACGCCGCGCUGCUGCUCACUGACGGAGACAAGAGGGUGGAGGCGGUGCAGGCGCCGCGAGGUGUUGCCGUCUUCCGGGUGGCGGCUAAUGACCUCAGCGACAACAACACCCACACUCACCUCCAGGAAACAGUCGACCAGAUUCGCCAGGUAGGAGGGGCGUGGCACUGCCUGGUGGUGGUGGUGGUGAGUGAUGACCUAGCCUUCCUCGCCGCCUUCGCUCACUUUUCACACAGGCGUCACGCCCUCAGGUGGUCCACCAGGAUCCUUGUCCUAACUCGCCUCCCUCUCAGCCACCUUGGCGGCCUGCACUUCCUUCUCUCCAACAGGAACGCCAUGCUGCUCCGAAUCCAAGAUCAUAAAAGUUCCAGAUCUGUCAGUCAGGUGGGCGUGUUUGUGUGGCAGCCGUACAGCAGCACGCCCCUGAGGGUGGCCACGUGGACACCGGGAGGGAAGCUGACUCUCGCCUCCCACGAGUCGCUCUUCCCUGAUAAAUUCUCAGUGUUCCGCUCCGCGCCGCAUCUGAAGGUGGCAGUAGAAAUGCUGCCCAGCCACACCUUGUCGUGGGCGGAAGACGCAGGAGCGCCCGGCGGUCGUCGCCUGGAAUACACGGGGUACCUGAGUGACGUUGUGAAGUACUUUGCUGCGGCGAUGAACUUCACAUUCACGUACGUGUUGUCCCCAGAGAGAACCUUCGGCACCAAGGUGCCCGACGGCUCCUGGACUGGCAUGAUCGGCAUGGUGGUGCGGGAGGAAGCAGAUUUUUCACCAGGGCCUUUUUUAUUCAGUCACGUUCGAUAUGAAGCUGUUGAUUACAUACAUGCACUCAAUGAAAAUAGCGGAAAAAUACUUAGCGGUUUGAGUGGACUAGAAAUCGACCCUUGGGGAUUUUUGCUUCCCCUCACGCCCCUGGUAUGGACAGCCACUUUGGCGGCGUUGCUGGGGGUGCUGGCUGCGCUUCAAUUGUUUUCCUCCUGCAUGCCAAAUAGCACGCACAAGACGCUAUGCCACGACAGCUUGUCCGCCAACACCUUCAGCCCUUUGCGCGUCUUCCUGCAGCAAGACGCGGUGUGGCCCGCGCAGUGGUGGUGGUGGGAACGUCUGGUGCUGGGGCUGUGGAUGCUGACCACGCUGGUGCUGACCAAGAGCUACGCCGGCAACCUCAUGUCCCUGCUGGCCGUGAAAUACGUGCCGCAGCCCUUCCAGACUCUGAGGGACGUUCUGGACCACCCCAGCGUCGCCAUGAUAUGGCAAAAAUUUUCCAACUACGAACAGUUUGUCAGGGAUGCCACAUUCGGGGAGAUGCGAGAGGUGGCCGGUCUGGAAAAGGAGGGUCGCCUGGAGUUCUACACACAGGCGCAGUACAUGGUCAGUGUUGACACUCUGGUGAGGAGGGGAAGCCACGUGCUUGCCGAUGUUGAGAACACUCUGAGGAAGAUCAUUGCCUUUGACUUCACUCAGAAAGGUAUGCGUAGAAAUAUAAGAGCUCUCGGAUUGAGCGAACAAGGAUUAUUCAAGUAUGGGAUGGAAAACGUUCCUAAUUUUACCGAGUGUAAAAACAUUCCUAAGAAGAAGUUAGUUAUGUCCUCCAUCUCUGCCUCUAACAUGUGGGGAGUGUUCGUGAUGCUGGGCGGGUGUCUGAGUGUCGCCCUGGUGGUCUGGUGUCUGGAGUUCGCGUGUCAUCGGUGCGAGGAUUGACUCAGUUGACUCACUCGCACCUGCUCUCACUUUGACAGGCUCAUUGAUGGGUUUGCUUAGGAAUA